CUUGGGGCGAUCCUGUGAGGCAGGAGCCGCCCUCCUCCUGCUGCGCUUGUCAAAGGGCUCUGAUCGCAAAUUCCAUCCCAGUCGUCCCAGCAGACGCACACACGCGAAUGACACCGGGACACCCUGUCUCCUAGAGUAUAGCUAAUAUACAGGCAGGACAUUUUUUAAACUCACUUUUUUUUUCUAAUUAGAUGCCACUAUGUUGCCUUUCAAGAGAACUUUUGAAAGCGAGAAACACCAUCUGCAGGAGCUCAACGGCAGACUUGUCCAGUAUCUUUCCAGAACCAAGCAGCUGGAGAAGGAAAAUGCGCAUCUUAUUACUGAAAUAAAUAAACUCAGACAAGCGAAAACGGCGGAAUGGGACCCGAAGUACAAGGGUGAGAUGCGGGAUCUGAGGAGAAUGGUGGAGCAGCUGUCGUUUGAAAAGUCCCAGGCGGAGAUGGAGAGGGAGAAGCUAUGGCGGGAGUUGCAGAUGGUCCAAUCUCUGUGCAGCGAGCAGACGGGAGUGUGCAGGGACAUCAAUGGCGAGCUAAAGAGCUACGAGAAGGAGCUUCACAGCGCUCACAAGACCAACGGUGAACUCCAGCAGCGUUUACUUCAACUAGAGAACGAGUGUAAACGCUUAGAUGAUGCGCACAGACGAGAAAAGGAGCAUCUCCGGCGCCAGGUGGAUUCCCGGAUGGUACCCAUCAUCACGCAAACUUAUCGCGGGCCUCCGGCGGCCAGCAUGGAAGAGGUGCAAGAGUAUGCCCGUGGUCUGUCCGAAGGAUGGCUCGAGACCUUUGAAAUGUACCAACUGAAGGUGGAAGAGAUGGAGCAGUCGAUUAAAGCGGACCAGGCGAGGUUGAGUGAUCUGCAGAGGGAGAAGAUGAUGUAUGCCUCAGAGUUGGACAAAUUACGCGCAGAAGCGGAAAAACAAGGUCAGAUUCAAUUCCGUCUUGAAGAACAGCUGAUGCACAUGCAGGAGACAUAUCGGGUGGACUUCAGCCAAUAUCAGAUGAUCAUCCAGAAGCUGGAGAACGACAGGAAUGUGAUGGCUGAUGCUAUUGCAGAGAAGAUGCGAGAGCAUCAGCACCUUCUCCAGGUUAAGAUGAAUCUGGGCAAUGAGGUGGCUGCAUACAGGGCUCUUCUGGAAGGUGAGAGAGCAGAUCUGCAAGAUGGUCAUAGGAGGGGAACUCAACAUCAAAGAGAAAGAAUAAUAGAUAUAAGGUUGCCUGCCCAGCCCUACACUCCAAGAGCUUCCACCCUAACCACCAGAAAACAUAUGGAUAUCAGGUACACACCGCUGACUUCAAACCUGAGAAGAUCCCCUGUGCCUCCCUAUGGGUCCAUAAGUCCCUCUAGGAUCAUUCCUAUUUCAGUUGCAGGGAGAGCUCGGCAUCAGAGUCCCACAUCCAGAAGGGACAUGAUCUCAUUCUCAAAAGCUCAGGCUUCCGCCUCUACCCCUGCCACCACCACCUCCACCACCACCACCACCGCCACUGCCAAAGAUAAACAAACAGGCCAGAGUGAAUACCAAAUAAGACAACAUGUACAGAAAACAGAAGCAGAUGAGAAAAUUGUUAAAAUCCAACCGGUCUCUGAGGUAGAGAACCAAGUCAGUCACAUUGAGUCCUCCACUACUGGGACUAGACCAGUAAGAGUGGUGUCACCAAUAAUGAUGAGCCUGAGCAGGAAAACUGAGACUGAAAGCAAAAAGCAAGCAUCAGAGGAAAAAGAGAAUGAUAAUGUUUAUGGAAAGGAGUUCAAAGAAAAAGAGAAAACAGAGCACACGUUGGUCCCAUGUGAGCAAAAGAUGUUAGACUCUGUGUCUGUAGAGGAUUUCAUUGAGAAAGCGAUGAGACCAGCAGGUUUGGGAGCUAAGGUUUGCCCCUCGGGAGAAUCGCAGGUAAAGUAUCAUGUGGAGAAAACUGAGCAGGAGGAUGGAACAACUAAGACGCAUAUUGUGUUGGAGUCCAAAGUGGAGGAAGAGAUGGAUUUUUCAGAAGACUCUGCACUGGAUGAACUACUGAGUCAAGGGGUUAAGAAGGUGUCACUGGAAGACAUCGAGGACACAGCAACAGGAAGCAUGAUCAAGACCCUGCUAAGUGGCCUGCAGGAAAGCGAGAACUUUAAAAAUAAGUCAGUCAAUGUGGAAAUCACUGAGGAACCGGCGGAGUCUUACAGUGAUGAGGAACUUGAUGUUGAGCAGAAGUCCAGAUCUAGUUUUUAUGAGCCCUCCUCAACUUAUUUCCAAAUUGAGGAGCUAAAGAAUAUGAGUGACGCUGAUGCCAUGAAAACCUCCAUGACAGAUACAGAUGAUUGCAAGGGUGGAUCUGUACGAGUUCAAGAGGUUUCAAGAGAGAGUGAAUUGUCAUAUUUCUCCCAUGACCAAGAGCCGGACGAGUAUUUUGUUUCCACUCCAGAUGAUAAUCUUUCUGAACCCGAGGAGGGUGGUGGAAUCACCUCAUAUGGCCAUUAUGGUAUCGUAGAUGACCUGUCAGAUGAGAGAUACUAUCAAGAUGAAGGUCUUCUCUCGAAAAGAGUGAUUGUAGAGGAAAGCGACGAAUACAAGUUUAGGUCAGGGGAUCACUCGUUAGUAAAGGAGAGUUUCCCAGAGUGCAUCAUCGAAGAAGAGGUUUGCGUCUCCCCUAUAGUGCAGGAGUCAAUGCUCGAGUUCCUGAGAGAGGACUCUUUAGAGCCCAAAGAGCAGCUGAAGGGAGCUCUAGAGAAGCUACAAAGCUCAGUGUCGGGUCCACUGAGGGAGGAGUUGGCUUUCCUCACAAAAUUGGGUAGUGAAGAUUCACAGAAUAUGGCCGUCAAUGUCAAAAAAAUGCAACACACAAGUGACAACGGCACCAUGACUAUAGUUGCAGAGAUGAACGUCUCUCAAAGUCUGGAAGACUCUGGGCUGCUGGAAGCAGCAGAUGAACUAUCAGAAGAGCAGAUCAUGGCAUCGCUCAGAUCAUCUAACCUAGGACUGGAGAAAGUCUUCCAAGGUGGGGCAGGAGGGGGAUACAGCUUCAGAGUCACCAAAGAAGAGGAUACUGCGUACGGUGACGAGUUUGAAGGCCUCACUGAUGAAGGAGUGUUUGAAAUCACAGAGAAACACGUAAAACUGGGGCCAUCAGAAAAGUCUGUCACCUUGCAGAUGGACGUAGAGGGCAGCCAUGCUGAGGCAUCAGAGCAAGAGCUUCAAUCUCACAUCUUGGAAACCCCAGUGAAUGUUCCUCAAGAGAAAAGAGUUGCAACCGUUUACCUUGAAAGCCCGACAGAUUAAGAAAGAUUUUGGUCAGAAAUAUUGUAAACUGAGUGCUUGCUUACUUGUUAAAGAGCACAUAACAGAGGUUGUUCUGACGCAGCAGUCCACACACACGACAUUAACACAGUUUGACACUUUAAUAACGCUAAAAGCUUUGCAGUAAAACAUCAUAUAUGUAAUGAACUUUGGUGCCCUCUUUUACUGUACCUACUUAAGAGUGUGUCACCUAAAAUGUGGUGUACCUUACAUGAUUCAAGCAAAAUUUAGUUAUUUAGUUAAAAUUACUAGAUUAAACACAUAUUUUAAUGUAUUCAUUUUGGCAGUUCUACUAUUAGAAAUACUGAGGGCCCAACUUAAUAUGGGCUAGUUUAAGUAACAUCUAGAUUUUGUAGCAAAUUUCCAUGCUGGUGAAAACGGAUAGAGUGCUACACUGCAUGUGUUAAGUUUUUCACAUAUUGCAGUUCAUCUUUAAAGAAGUUUGUUUAUUCCCUCUAGAGUUCUCUAUAUUUGUACUAACCUGCAUGCAAUAUUCAUCUUAAACACCCCAUCACAUCAUGUGUCUGCCAUGUUGUUGAAUAUAUUGCAAGCCAACAUCUGACAGUUAAGAGUUAUGAGGUUCUGUGAACGGUUUGCAGAUUGGGGCUUUUAUUUUUAUUUAGACUUGGGCAUCGCUGCCAAAUGAAAUGGCUUUAGUACAUACUGCAUUGCGAACACAGGAGUUUAUUUAAAACAUUAGUCAGUGAUGUGUGCAGAUUUUAGUGAAGCUCAUAUUUGAGGAAGGUGAAGUGGGAGUGGAAAAAAGAUGGCAAUUGGUCUUAAGAAAGUUUGCAAGUGUUGAAUGCCAAAAUUAAGGUGUAGGGCAGGUAAACGUAACACUUAAAAGUGAUUAGGUAGUACACAAUACUGGGUUAUUAUCAGAUUAUUUGACUUUACUCACAAACUAACUAAUGCCAUGUAAGACACUUUGAUUAAUUAGAAAAAAAGAAUUGCCUAGUGUACAACCAAAGCCAGGUUACCAUACAUUUCUAACUUCCUUACAGUGAACAUUAUAAUCUGAACAUGUGAGUAAGAAGCUGAGUAUUCAAAUUACAGCACUUAGCACCAAAAGGGGGUUGUCGAUGUGAAAAGCAAACAGUAAGAUGAAAGAAAGAAAACAAGAAGAAGGAUUACGAAGGAUUCAGUGAUAGCGUUGGUAAAGAUAAUCUAGUUUUGAUGUAUAGUAUGUCUUUUCUGGAUAAUUGUUGCUUGUAGACAGUUGUUGGUCAUCACAGUGUUAGCUUGAAGGAUUCACAUUUGUUCUCAAACAUGAGUGCGUCCAUGGCCGUGACUAUUUUUGGAUCAUCAGCUUAGUGGCACUGACUGUUAUUUAGGGUUUGUUGUGUUGUGUACACGUUGCACAGUCGGAAUGGUCCACUAUGAUUACAGUUUGGUUACGUGUAUUGCACAUUUUGUCAAAGUGGUUGCAAAAUUUACACUAUGUAACUAAUAAGUAAUGUCUUCAGAGAUUGGCUCCUUGGCAUUAUCGAUUAAUAAAAACAUGUUUAUCAUGAAUGCCAUGUUCUUAUAAAUAUGUUCAUUUUUGAAAAUCUACUAAACGAAACCUCAAUUUAAAAAAAGUCUUGUUGCAUUUAA